CGAAAUCCGAAAAUCCGAAACUGCUCGGCUGCAGGACGGUCGUCCGUUGCCAUUUUGGCUUCCGACGUUGCCAGGCUCAUGGGUCGCUGUAAGAAGAUGCUGCUAGCGCUCGUAGCUCUCGUGUACCUUGCAAGCAGCGUGACCGGUGCUCCGGCCUUGGCCAGCGACUGCACGUCGGACGCCGAAUGCCCCGAUGGCACGGGCUGCAUCACGAUCAAGCAUGCGUCGUACAACCCCAGCGCCGUCUUGGGCAAGUGCACGCCCAAGCAGCUCUGCCGCGGCAGCAGCGUCGGCAACUGCCCGAGCUUCAACGCGCCGUCGGCGCCAGGCGGGUACCUCCAGACGCAGUGCGUCUUUAUCAACACGACGCGCCUCCGCAACAUCAAAUGCUGCACGGGCAACAGCGCUGGCACGACCGCAGGUGGCGACAGCGCAGGAACCGGUGGCAACAGCUCGCGUGUACGGCUGCUAACCAACGACUCUACGAUCACGAGUCUCAGCAACCUACCAGCCGACAGCACCGACUGCUUCCAAUGCUACCGCGACCCGCUGCCGCCCAAAGGCUCGACGGGCUACUACGCGGGGCAGUUCUUUUGCGUACCGCAGCAAGAAUGCAAGGCGUCGAGCGUCUUCCCGCUGGCUUGCAACAGCGGCAACAUGUGCAACUCGGGCGUCAACGAGCUCUGCAACCUUCAUGGCACGUGCACGCCCCUCGACAUCAACGACCCGAAAGGCUCGUACGGCUGCGCGUGCAAUGCCGGCUUCUCGGGCGGUCAAUGCGAAAACGUCGUCAGCAGUAGCUGCCUCUUUGACUGCGGCGACGGCAACAUCAAAGGUACCUGCAUCGACGGCCAAUGCGUCUGCAAGAAGGGCUGGAGCGGCCCGCAGUGCACGCUGUGCACGUCCGACACGGCUUGCGGCGGCGGCCUUUGCAACACGGGCUCGGGGCAGUGCUCGUGCCUCACCAACACGACGAUGGCGUACGAGCGCAUCUCCAACGUCUGCUACCCCGGGGGCGCGACGACGGGCACGACAAACGCGUGCACCGGUGUCAUUUGCGGCGCGCUGGGCAGUUGCCAAGCCGGAGCGUGCGUCUGUGCGCGCGGCUGCGCUGGCACGAUCUGCAAGCCGUGCGCAGACCCGUCGUGUCGUUCGUGCAGCCCGGCGGUGGCCCUUCGCCCGUCGCUCGGCGUCGCUGCUUCGGUCCUGCUUGCGGCCCUUGCCUACCUUCGUGUCUAAGCGCAAUGCACUCCAUUUCAACGCUCUCGACGCCGCCUGUCUGAGAUUGCACUUGCGAGAUGACAUCGAAAUACGACGAGUGGGGUAUAUAGACGAGACAACUAGCGGUCCUUCAUGACCUCGUCAAAGAGGAGCUUCUUGAGCUGCGCGGGCUGCACCUUGCGGUAGUCAAUGUUGGGUGGCGGCCCUUUGUCG